GCUUUAGUGACGUCAUUUUAGUCGAAGCCGGAGCGUGUUUUGAAAACGAUUUAAAACUUUUAAAAACAAUAUUUUUUGUUGAUUAAAAUGGAUAUACGACCCAGCCACACGAUUUAUAUUAACAAUUUAAAUGAAAAGGUGAAAAAGGAUGAGCUCAAGAAGUCACUUUACGCCAUUUUCAGCCAAUUCGGCCAAAUUUUGGAUAUAAUUGCAUUAAAAACAUUGAAAAUGCGAGGACAAGCUUUCAUUAUAUUCAAAGAAAUAUCAAGUGCAACAAAUGCAUUACGAACAAUGCAAGGAUUUCCAUUUUAUGAUAAGCCGAUGCGAAUUAAUUAUUCUAAAACGGAGUCUGAUGUUAUAGCAAAAGCAAAGGGAACAUUCAAGGAGCGAGCUAAAAAGCCCAAAGUACAAAAAAUACAAGAGGAAAAGAAAGCAAAGAAACCGAAGAGUAUGGAUCCAACUCAAGCGGCAAUCCAAUCAUCAAAUGCCGAACAACCACCAAACCAAAUUCUUUUCCUCACAAAUCUCCCAGACGAAACAAACGAAAUGAUGUUAAGUAUGUUAUUCAAUCAAUUCCCAGGAUUCAAAGAAGUGCGUUUAGUACCUGGGCGACAUGAUAUCGCGUUCGUUGAGUUUGCUUCAGAAAUUCAAAGUGGUGCUGCUCGCGAAGCUCUGCAGAACUUCAAAAUUACUCCCACGCAUUCAAUGAAGAUCUCAUUUGCUAAGAAAUAAAUUUUAAUGCUUUUAUCUAUUAAGAAUAUUAUGUAUAAUUAUAUUAUAAUAAUAAAAGCCAUUAAAAAGCAUUGCACAUCCCGCUUUCAUAUGGUUCUAAGAUUUGUACAUUUUUAAUAAUGGAAAUUUGCAUCAUCACCCUUGAAAAGAUUAUCAACAAAGA